AUGGCCGCUGCCAAUACCUUCAGCGUCAUGUGCUACAACGUGGCUGGCUUGCCGGCACUUAUUUCAAGCGGCGACCCCAACUCCUACAGCGUGGACAUGGGCAAACGUAUCAGCGACUGGGACAUCGUCAACGUGCAGGAAGAUUUCAACUACCACGCCAAGCUCUACUCGGAGAACAAGCACGAGUACCGUACCCCUACAAGUGGCGGCGUGCCGAUCGGCAGCGGCCUCAACACGCUCUCGCAUUUCGCCUUCACGAACGUCACAGAUCUCGAGCGUGUCACCUGGGAGGAUUGCAGCAAUUACGACAAUGCCGACUGCAUGACGCCCAAGGGCUUCACGUUGGUCGAGGUUCAGCUGGCUGACGGAGUCACCAUCGACAUCUACAACCUGCACACAGACGCCGGAGUGACCGCCGCAGACCAAAAAGCGCGCGCUUCGAACUUGCAACAGCUGAGCGACUUCAUGGACGAGAACUCGGCCGGUAACGCGGUGGUUGUCAUGGGCGACACCAACACCCGCUACACCCGCGAGUUGGACACAAUCCGCGAAUUUAUCGAGGGCCAGAAGCUCACGGACGGCUGGGUCGAGAGCAUUCGCAACGGGAAGCCUCCCAAGAAGGGUGCGGAGGCGCUCAAGUGCGAGACGGAGAACAUAACGAACGAGUGUGAGGUCGUGGACAAGAUCAUGUUCCGCGGCAACAACUACAUCAGGCUGACGCUGGACAAGUGGAACAACGAGAACGAGGCGUUCAUGGGCAAGAACGGCGCCCCGCUGUCGGACCACCCGCCAAUUUCGUCCACCUUCUCAUGGACAUUGAACCCCGACAUCUACCUCAGUAGCGCAGUGGGCGGUCCCCACGGCACUCGCUUCUCGGACGUCGGAUUGGCUGCGGCUGACCAGACUGUGAGCUCGAUCUCGAUCCGUGCGGGUGACCGCGUUGACGCUGUGAAAUUGGAGGUGUCAGAGCCAACGGAGAGUACCCUCUCUCACGGUGGCACUGGCGGGUCUCUCAGCAGACUGCGCCUCGCGUCUGGCGAGUACAUUACGUCCAUGGAGGCUCACUGGGGUAAGAAGCAUGACAGGACUCGUAUCUUCUACCUCAAGUUCGGAACGAGCGAAGGCCGGUCGGUGGUCGGAGGAACCCCCACGGGCUCCAAAGCCACGAUGACAGCACCGGAGGGAUUCCAGCUGAGCGGCUUCCACGGCCGUGCUGGUGAUAACAUCGAUGCGCUGGGUGCGAUCUUCACACGGGUGGGGGGCACGACUCAGCAACAGCAGCACUCAGGUAAACGUGGCAGAUCAAAGAAAACGAACCAUUACCGUAGCACUGACUAA